AUGGGAUCAUGUGCGUCAAUGAAAUAAAAAAAAAUAGAUGGAAAUAUAUAAAUUGCGUCAUACAAAGUCUGCAUAACAGCUUUCAUUUGGAAUAAAGAAAGUCAUAAUUUAUUCGAUUUCGAGAGCCACCAAGCAAGCCGAAAAGACUUGGAACUAGAUUUUUCAGGUAACUUUGUAGGUUAUCAUUUAGCAACACUUUCGAUGGUUGAUAAUUAAAUUAUAGCAUUAAGUGAGAAUGAGUAUGUAAAAAAACAGGUUCAGCUGCUUAGAGUGGAUUGCGAAUAAGAUUAUGUGACUCUGUCAGGAAUGAGCUAGAAAUCUGAUUCAAGGGUGUGGGCAAUACUAUGUAGGAGGCCUGAGUUUGAGUCAUUGAAUGAAUGGGAACUAUAGAGAGGAGAUAUUAUAAAAUUGGGAAGGAUGAAAUUACAAUUACUCGAUUUUAAUUAUGAUUUAGAUGCAUUAUAAUAAUAAAGAGAUUAAACUGAUAUCAAUGAUGAAGAAAUAUAGUCUCAAGAUUUAGACCCAGAUGGUUGUUAAUGUAGAAUUUGCUUCUAAAAAAAUGCUACGGUUUCGAACCCUCUUUUUAGUCCAUGCAAAUGUAUUGGUUCCAUGAAAUAUGUUCAUCUUCAUUGUUUAUAAGUUUGGAUUCAAUAAUCAAUCAAAGUAAAAAAUCAAUAAUCCUCAACGCAAUACAUCUGGAAGAAAAUGGAGUGUGAGAUCUGUAAAAUGCCAUUAAAAAGCACCUACACCUAUUAAAGAUAGAUCUUUUGUAUAAUGCAAAUCUAGAAGCCUACAGUGCCUUAUAUGAUUUGGAAAAUAACCUCGGAUGACAAAUCCAAAGGAGGGCAUCAUCUAGAAGAAAUCAAAAUUGGGAGAAUACCUGACUGUGAUAUCAAGCUUAAAGAUAUAUCAGUUUCGAGAAGUCAUGCCUUAAUCAAAGUAAUAAAGCAAGAGGACAAUCAUUACAAGCUUAUUCUGCAAGACAAUAAUUCUAAAUUUGGAACCCUUCUAUAUGCCUAGUCUGAUAAGUUACUCAGGUACAAUCUACCAUCAUUGCAAAAAGUGCUUUACCAAAUUGGAAGAGUCUUACUAUACAUUCAAUUUAAGGAUAAAGGCAAGUCUUACAAUAAACAGUAAUUUCAAUUUAAUAAGCCUAGAUUCACCUGUUACAAACAUCCUGAUAAAAUUGUCGUGCAAACCAAAAUCAAUCAAAAUGAAUAAGCCACAAUCAUUCCAAAUGUUGAAAAAGAUAAAGAUAAUUAGAUGUCCUUUUAGACUUAUAAUGAGUUACAUUAAGAGGACAUCGUAAUUAAUGUAAAAUAAAUAUGA